AUGGAGCAGCUCCUUUCCAAACCGAACGUAGUGUACACGAAGGCAGACCAAUGCCAAUACGGACUCCGUGGAGAAUCUGGCCAACCUCAAAGAAAACGGACUGGUUUCGCCACCAAUAGCCCCGAGAUCGCCAAGGCCCUGAACACUCUAUGCCCUGGCGACCAUCAACAUGAAGUCAUUAUCGGUGGCAAAAAGUCCAAGAAAGCACAGAUUUAUCCGGAAGGUCUUCGGGAAGCCAUCCUCGCGGCCUACUCACGCUCGAUUGGAGCUGAGGACGAUCAGAUCAAGUCGAAAGAGUUCUACCUGGCCCCCCCAUGGGAACUACAUGCUGAAGAACCACGAGGUAUCGAACAAGGGCACCACAGGAAAACCUUCCUCAACCUCCUGCAGCAGAAGAUCCGCGAGAACAAGAUCAUGACGAACUUCCUGCUGAAGAAGGAUCAGGAGAACAACCAGAAGAACACCCCACCAUAG